UGAGAGGCUGCAAAUAAAGCAGAUGUGUUUGUUGUGAAUUUCAGUGCUGUCUAGACUUUCUUUUACCAAAGCAGCCAUUCAGGAUUUAACAUCUCAAGUUUUCUUUAGUAUGGCAUUUUUCAGCUAAUUCUGCGGGGUGAUUGUAGAGUAUUGAAAACAAAUAGCGAUGAAAUGGAGAAGCCAAGGAAAUUAGGGUCAGUGAAAGAUGAGGACCACUUUUAUCACCAGGGUGCUUUGGAGCUGCUGGUCUUUAACUUCUUGCUCAUCCUUACGAUACUCACCAUUUGGCUGUUUAAAAACCACCGAUUCCGCUUUUUGCAUGAAACGGGAGGCGCCAUGGUUUAUGGUCUCACCAUGGGAUUAAUUUUACGGUAUGCUACAGCACCAUCUGAUUUUGAAAGUGGAGCCGUCUAUGACUGCGAGAAGCUCAAGGCAGGCUUGCCCACGCUGCUUGUCAAUGUAACAAAUCAAGUGUAUGAAUAUCAGUACAAAAGAGAAAUCAGCCAGCAUAAUGUCAAUGCACACCAAGGCAACAUGAUGCUACAGAAGAUGACCUUUGAUCCUUCAAUCUUCUUCAAUGUUUUAUUACCUCCCAUUAUAUUCCACGCAGGCUACAGUUUAAAGAAAAGACAUUUUUUCCGCAACUUAGGAUCCGUCUUAGCAUAUGCCUUUGUGGGGACUGCCAUCUCUUGCAUUGUUAUAGGGUUGAUAAUGUAUGGCUUUGUACAGGCCAUGGUCCAACUUAGCCAGCUGAAGAAAGGAGACUUUCACUUCACUGACUGUUUAUUAUUUGGUUCUUUAAUGUCUGCUACGGAUCCAGUGACAGUCCUGGCGAUUUUCCAUGAGCUUCAUGUUGAUACAGAUCUCUACACCCUCCUCUUUGGUGAAAGUGUCCUAAAUGAUGCUGUGGCUAUAGUUCUCACACAUUCAAUAUCAAUUUACAGUCCCAAGGAGAAUCCCAAUGCCUUUGACGCUGCAGCCUUCUUCCAGUCGGUGGGGAAUUUUCUAGGGAUCUUUGCUGGAUCGUUUGCUAUGGGAUCUGCCUAUGCCAUUGUUGCUGCUUUGUUGACAAAAUUCACCAAGCUGUGUGACUUCCCUAUGUUAGAAACUGGCCUGUUUUUCCUUUUGUCUUGGAGUGCUUUCUUGUCUGCUGAAGCUGCUGGUCUUACAGGAAUCGUGGCAGUCCUUUUUUGUGGAGUCACGCAGGCCCAUUAUACAUACAACAAUCUGUCAGCAGACUCCAAAAUGAGAACUAAACAGUUGUUCGAGUUCAUGAACUUUUUGGCUGAGAAUGUUAUCUUCUGUUAUAUGGGAUUAGCAUUGUUCACAUUCCAAAAUCAUAUCUUCAAUGCACUGUUUAUAUUUGGAGCAUUUGUGGCAAUUUUCAUAGCAAGAGCCUGUAAUAUAUACCCAAUUUCUUUCAUUCUCAACUUGGGCCGAAAACAAAAGAUUCCCAGGAAUUUCCAACACAUGAUGAUGUUCUCAGGUUUACGUGGCGCAAUUGCAUUUGCACUGGCUAUCCGGGACACCGACUCUCAGCCUAAGCAAAUGAUGUUGACAACCACCUUACUAAUUGUGUUCUUCACAGUCUGGGUGUUUGGAGGAGGCACCACACCGAUGCUUGCAUGGCUCCAAAUCAGGGUGGGUGUUGAUCCAGAUGAGGAUCUGAAGACAGAAACUGCUACUCAGGCUGCGAAUAACCUGGAAAGAAACACAACCAAAGCAGAAAGCGCUUGGCUCUUCAGAAUAUGGUAUGGUUUUGACCACAAAUAUUUGAAGCCAAUUCUCACCCAUUCCGGCCCACCACUUACUACAACUUUACCAGAAUGGUGUAAUCCUGUGGCCAGAUUGCUGACUAGCCCUAAAGCAUACGGAGAGCAACUGAAGGAUGAUGAUACUGACUUCAUUGUCAGUAACGAUGAACUGUCUGUGACUUGUGCUGCUCCAGACCUUUCUCCGAUGCCAGCACAGAACAGAAUCGACCUGCCCCAUCUUCCAACCAAAGAAAACAUUUACGAAGGAGACUUGGGCUUAGGAGGAUAUGAACUCCAGCCUGAGUCGGCUCCAGGUCAAUCCCAGUUGGUGUCCUCAGCCUGAGGUCCAGCGAAAAUGUAUAUCGCAAGCAUCAAAAGGAGCACAGAAGGCAUGGAAGCCAUGUUUAUUAUGCAGAGCUUGAAAAUGUAUUAAGGGCAUAAAUGGAGAAGAAGCGAAGCCUUGCUGAAUCUAUCCCUGGAGCCUGGAGGAAUGAGAAUUUAUUACCAUCCCUAUAUGUUAUACAACUACAUUUAAUUUUUCUGACAGUGGCAAUUUUUAAUAAUGGAAUCGAGGGCACCGUCUGUCUGCUACUGGGACAUUACAUAUGCACUCAUAGUCUCUGAUCAUGCUUCAUCGUUCCCAUUCCUAUCUCACAUGCACACAAAGGCCUUUGAAUGUUAUUCUUCUAAUUAAUUCAAUAGAGAGAAGGACGAGGAUUUAGUUAACUACAGUACAUGCUCCAAAGAUCACAACCAUUUUGAUGUUGUUACUCCCUUGCCUGUAUAUUAUCCUAUGUUGUCAGGUGGACUGUUCUUCCAUAUUUCUGGCUGGGGGGGGGGGGUUACCAUUACUGUUGCAAGCUUUACAUAUAUUUCAAUCAAUGGCAGUUUGCCAGCAAUGGGUUAACAAAGUUGCACACAAAAACUGGGCAUUGAUAUAUGAGCUGCUGAGGACUGCACAAGUCACUAACUAGGGCCCUGUUAUUGUUUUGAUUGAGGAUGAUCACUGGUAUAGACAGCAAUUACACUUCCUUCCCCCAGUCAAUUUGUUCCUGCCCCUGUGCAGUAGAUUCAUAAUACAAAGCCCAUGUGCUGGCUUUUCUUCCCUGGUGUUCUAUGUUGACUUCGGGAAUGUGGAAAGAGAGGGAGAGAAAGACUGCAAGCCUUUAUAAGACUUUAAAAACAAGGUGUGCAAACUCUUUUUCACACCCUCUGCAGCCUUAGAUGUUGCAAUGAGGAAUAAGGCAGUCCUAGACAUAUGAUAGCUCUGCACACUACACAGAGGAAAAGGUCAUCUGAAUCAUCCAUCGCAAGUGUAUGAACAUUGCUGCUCAAACCCACGUAUCAAGAAGGUUGUGGUAGUGCCCCAAAGAGCAAGUUCAUGCUCUUGACAAACUGUUCAAAUGACCUGCUUGCUAAUGCUACAUGGCAUAAUACAAUACAGACUGUGAAGCAAUAUAUUAAAGAAAUAAGGGAGAUAAGGUGACUAGAUGUCUUCAUGGAUGGGAUUCUGAUGCCUUUAAGAGGUCCAUAGUGGGCAACUUUUCCUAACCUAGCUGACAGCCCUAUGGCAUGGCCUUAUACCGAAUCAGACCAUAGGUCAAUUUUACUCAAUAUCGUCUGCACUCAAGGCCCACUCCAUGUGCUCUGCUGCUAAGAUUCAACCCCUAUGUUCUGAGUUACUCACCCAUUAUGAUGCUCAUUAAUUGGGUGGUUGCUGGACUACAGUAGCUUUAGAGCAACACAUGGCAGGAACAUAGCUUGAGAAGAAGGUCCUCCACAAGGUAGAGCUGUUAAACUGCACUAUAAUUUUCUAACUUCUCUAUGGUUUACUGUUGUUUACAAAUUUCUCUAUCUGUUUGCCUGUUCCUUACUUUAUUAGAAUAGCAUCUAGUGCCUACAAGUGCUCAGCUCCUUUGUGGCCUUAUGGGCAUGUAGUUUUGCUGCAAUCAUAGGUCCUCUUAUUGUGUUUAUCUCUCCCCUACAAAAAAAAAACAAAAAACAGCAGCAUCUUUGGCAAUUAUUUAUUUACCUAUACCAGUCGUGCAUACCUACCGUAAGUGCAAUUCUGUAGGAGAGGCAGGGGUGAGAAGGACUAUCACUUUCACAAUACAGGCAAGUGAUUUCCUGAUAUUUUAAAAGUCUGAAAAUGAUUGAAAACCAAGUAAAAAAAAAUACAGUGGAAAACAAUGUAAUACAUUAUCCUAUCACUGAUGGAGCUCAAAUGCCCAGGAAAACAAAAACAUAUUUGCCUCAUGCCAAUAUAUAAUGCCAGGUGAUAUUAUUCCCAAGGCAAUUCCUCAUUUUGUAGAUUGUUUUUUUCUACAAACACUUGCUUGGUGAGAUAAGUAGAAGCAGGGAAAUUUUCCUCUUUGCAAUGCAGUUUUCCCGACUUAUGUAUACUUUGAUGUGACAUGUUUUCAAUGAAAUAGUGCGGGUGAGAUCGGCAUAUUUUAUCAUAUACCUCAAAUAAUCACUGAGUCAUGGUAACAAUCUCAUGCCAUCAAGUUCCAGGAUAAACUGCGAUUGUUUUGUCUUUUGAUUCAGUGUUAGCACAUGACUCUUCAGCACUUACCUACCUGGGAAGAGGUAUUUGGAAGGUAUUGCAAAUACGUGCCCAGUAUGUAAUACAUGCUUGUAUCAAAGGGUCCAUCUUAAUGGAAAUCUUAUUAUCACACAACUGGAAGUUUGAGAAGCAAUCCCAUGGAAAGUGGGGCUCAGAUUGUGAUGGGAUUUCUCAUGUUAACACUGAACAUGCGAUCAUAAGAUGAGGCCUGCUGGAUGAGGUCAAAGGCCCAUCUAGCCAGCAUCCUGGUCUCAUAGUGGCAAACCAGAUGCUUAUGAGAUGCCUGCAAGCAGAACUCUCCCCGUGUGUGAUUCCUAGCAACUGGUAUUCAGAGGCAUAUAGUGGAGAUGUAGCAAAGCCAUUUGUGGCCAGUAGCCUUUGAUAGCCUUGUCCUCUAUAAACCUGCCUAAUCCUCUUGUAAAACCAUCCAUGUUGGUGGCCUUCGCUACCGUUGUCCGCUUGAAGCAGUGCUUCCUUUCUCCUCUCCUGAAUCUUCCAGCAUUCAGCUUCACUGAAUGACCCUGAGUUCAAAUAUUAUGAGAGAGGGGGGAAUCAGGGGAAAAAAAUAUCCACAUCAUGAAUAAUCUUAUACACCUCUAUCAUGACCCUGCCUUAUUCUCCUUAAGAAACUCUAAAACUUGUAACUUUUCCUCAUAGAGAAGUUUCUCUAACCCAGGCACAGGCAACCUUGGCUCUCCAGAUGUUUUGGAAGUACAACUCCCAUGAUCCCUGACCACUGGCCCUGUUAG